AUGUUGACAAGGAGAGCAGCGAGAUUGGUCUGGCCAUCCAGCCGCAAUCAUGUCCAAGUCUCAAAUUUCAGCUCAACUGCAGCUGUCAAAGCAGACUUUACUCAUGCGGUCAUCGGCGGCGGCGUCGUCGGCCUCGCCAUCGCCCGCCACCUCGCCCGCCACUCCUCUUCCUCCACCGUCCUCAUCGAGCGCCACCCCGCCGUCGGCACAGAAACCUCGUCGCGCAACAGCGAGGUCAUCCACGCAGGCAUCUACUACGGCAAAUCCAGCCUCAAGACGAGGCUCUGCGUCCGCGGGCGGAACCUGCUCUACGAGCUGUGUGAGGCGCAUGGCGUUGCGCACAGGAGGACGGGCAAAUGGCUCGUGGCGCAGAAUGCGGCCCAGAGGGAAGGAUUGGAGAGCAUCUACGCGUUGUGUAGAGAUGAGAUUGGCGUGCCGGUGAGGUGGGUUGACCAAAAGGAAAUUGAAGAGAAUGGGGAGGGUGUCAGAGCUGAAGCUGGCGCGCUGGAGAGUCCUACGACGGGCAUUGUUGAUUCGCAUGGCCUGAUGCUGUGCCUCCAGGGCCUCUUUGAAGAUGCCGGCGGCGUAGUCGCUCUCGGCUCUCCCGUCAAGGCCAUCCGAGCCCUGUCUUCUUCAGCGGCGUCAUCAACGCCCGGCAGCUCAGGCUGGGAAAUCGACGUCUCAGACGGCCCAGACGGCGACAUCUCCACAAUCACGGCCGAAACGCUCAUCAACGCCGCCGGCCUCGGCGCCGUCGCCAUCCACAACAUGAUUGUCCCCCCCUCGCAGCACAAGCAGCUCUUCUACGCAAAGGGCAACUACUUCUCCUACUCGGCCUCGCGGCCCAACAUCUCGCGCCUCAUAUACCCCGCCCCUGAACCGGGCGCGGGCGGACUCGGCACGCAUCUCACGCUCGACCUGGCCGGGCGGAUUCGCUUCGGCCCAGAUGUCGAGUGGGUGGACGAUCCGAAUGACUUGACGCCCAGCGUCUCACGGCUGGACCAGGCGGUUGCUGAGAUCAAAAAGUAUCUUCCGGGAGUGGAUGCCGGUGCUCUUGUGCCUGACUAUGCCGGCAUACGACCCAAGCUUGCUCCCAAGGGCGCGGCGUUGGCUACGGACAAGAAUUUUAAUGAUUUCAUCGUUCGAAAGGAACAAGGGUACGAAGGCUGGGUGAAUCUUCUGGGCAUUGAGAGUCCCGGAUUGACGAGCAGCCUUGCCAUUGCAGAAAUGGUGGACCAGCUAUUAUACGGUAGCCAGUCAGGCACUGCCGAGUCAGUGCAUGCAUGA